CUCACUAUAUAUAAUAUAAGCAGUUCUCUUGUCUCUCCCUCUCUCUAGAUCACUAUCUCUCCUUUUAUCUCAAUCACCACAAACUCACAAAAAAAAAAAAAAAUAGAGACCGGCCUCUAUCUGAGUCAGAAGAAACUCUAUAUCUCCUCCUCUCCAUCUUUCUUUCUUCUUGCAAACGCAGUCAUGGACGAGAAGUGGAAGCUGUCAAAAAAGGAUGCAUCAGCUGCCUCGUGCUCAUCUAGUUCCUCUAAAUCUAAGUUCUCUAGAAGCUACUCAACUAGUGCUUCAUCCACAAAGGCUCCUGCAUUCGUACGAAGCUCAUCCACUAAAUGCUCAGUGCCUUCCUCUUCGUCCUCCAUCUCCAGAAGCUCCUCAAAGAAAGAGAAAGGAUCAUCAUCUUCUUCUAUUACUCAAAAGUACAGUAGCUUGGCCAAAGAACAGAAGGGAAGGUUUUACAUCAUGAGAAGGUGUGUGGCUAUGCUUGUCUGUUGGCAUAAACAUGAUUCCUAGCUUAGAUCUCAUGCAUUUAUAUUCUUUUUGUUUUCUUAUAUUAGAUCAGUUUGAUUCUCCACUCUAGGUUGCUACAAGUUUCUAUACUAGUACAUUGUAAGAAAGAGAUUCUUUUGAUGAUAUAUUAUUAUUAAUAAUUUUGAUAA